AUGGCGGAUAAACAUACUCUGGUGAGGUGCGGAGUGUUUUGUUUGGUAAAUUUCACCGGUAAAGAUGAGCCUUUAAUCUGCUGCGGUGUCACGAUAUCACUAUAAGAUGGCGGUAAGUGUUAAAACGAAAUUGAUAACGAAAUUGAUAACGAAAUUAGAACCUACCAACUCAAAGUUGUUGAGCUAAAACUUAUGCGUCCGUCUUUGGGACCUCAGCGUAAAUUCAUUUAUGACUUUGUAUUCACUACGCGUUUUUGUUAGUUUUUCCAGGGUAGAUUCCUCUGUACCUCUGAACGUUUGUUCGUUGUAUUCCUUAUUGUGUCACCUAAUUUAAGGACCGCUGAUCGCGUUUUUACGCAAUUUUAUGGCGCCGGCCGGCGGCCGGUGGGGUAUUAUCAGAGUGAAGGCAGUGAUGCGAAACAUUGAAGCCCUUUUACUUUUGGGGGUGUUGGUGACUCUGAAUCUUAUGUUCCGAAACAGAUUUAAUUAAGCUGCUUGUCUGGUGAACAUUCAUGCGCAGCUCAACACAGAGUAAUCUGAACAAACGUUUGCUUAACGAGUGCUAAGGAGUGUGAAUUUGAACACAAAAUUUGUGCGUGCAUAUUCACACUCCUCACACUCCCUUAUUUAAUCCUUCUUAAUCCAAACUGGUGGCAAUAGUACUUUUCUUUUAUAUUUACGUUAAUAGCCCUUUUAUAGUUAUGGUAAUAGCUGCCUUUGCCACAAACAGAUCAAUAGAAUUCAUCAGAACUUUUACUUCGAAAUGAGGCAUUGUUAGUCACCUCAUGUGGGUGGGGGGAGGGGGGAGGAAAUCAAUUGUUGCACCUUGUGUGUUACAUUAUUAGAAACUGUAUGAACAAGUGAUUGACACCAUGUGACCAUUUAAUACAGGUCGAGAGAAUGUGUAGUUCCAGAAAAUAUCCAGACCCCCACCACGGAGGGAAUCUCACUUAGGACCCCCCCACCUCCCUGGAUUUUCCAUUUUUGCAGGGAACUGAUGACCCCCCACCCAUUUGGAAUUUCCACAAGUGUGACAAAGACCCCCCAACCCCUCUGGAAAAGUUCAUUUUCACGAAGAAAGACUAUUAAAGUAGAAGAAUGAGGCAACUUAUGGUUAGUACCCAACGGUUUCCAUCAGAAGCUUGUAUGUUUCUGUUUCCAUUUAUUUGAGUGAUCUUGCAACAUUAAAACCCACUACACCGCCACAAAGCAACCUGAUCUGUCAUUUUUGCUUAUCUCUUACUUUAAAUGAAACAGAGAAAGUUAAUAAGUCGGUUAUAUUUGUGAAUUUACCUUAAUCAGGGCAAGCUUACGAUUUGUUAUUCGUCUCGAGGGCGUAAUGUUGAUAGAAGUAACGCCAUUUCGUGCGGGAAUGCAGAACAAGUCAAACUUACGACCACAAAAUUAAUGCAAAACAAAGAGGAGAAUAAAAACUCUGAAUUCUGAAAUGAUAACAAUGAAUACCCCCUGCAUCUUGAAGGUACUUGAAGGGAAACCAAGUUCAAUUUACUGUUUUUCGAUCGACUGAUGCGACGUGAUGCGCGAUGGCCGUAUAAAUGUUUGGUGAAAUCGAGACCAUUUCAGCGAGAAUUCGAUCAUGAACAUGCGACACGUUCAACCACAAAAUUAAGGGAAAAUGAAAAGGAGAAUAAAAACUCAACAUUCUAAAAUGGUUACAAUGCAUAGCUUGUGCUUUGUGAAGCAAAAUUGCCACUCUUCUGAUCUAUCAAUCGACUGACGCAACGUGAUGUGUUGCAUGAUGUGUUGCACGCGUUGAUGUUUUGAGGAAGACUGGUAACGAGUAAUGGCGGCCGAAUAUACAAGCAUGCGAUAAAACGAGUUGUAGUCGGUCUAAUUCCUUUGAAAUUACAUCCAAAACGCCUUUGGAAGAAAGGAAACCUGGUUAAGAUCAAAAGGAACAAUCUUAAGUCAUAUAUUUCAAGUUAUUUAUGUCCUAAGAAUGAUCUACCAGGUCGGUAAGAAGCAAUGUUCCAACUCGGGUCGAAAACGAAAUGAUAUUGCCCCCCUGGAAAGUGAUUUUAUGGUCCAACCCCCCUCCCUUCGGGAAAUUCCUGGGCCUCUGACCCCCCCACCCCCCUGGAAUUUCCAAUUCCCUCCGUGGUGGGGGUCUGGAUAUUUUCUGGAACUACACAAUACAAAAAGUCCCGUUGGGACUUUGCAAAUGGUUCUUGCAACUGCUUACAACGGAUUCAGGUUGAGCGUUUAAUGACGUCAGUUAUCGCGUUUGUUAUCAUGGUUGAUUGGUUGCAUUGCGAGGCAAGUUGUCAGACGUUGCUAGUCAGGACAUAAUAGCGUUCUGUUGGACAAAAGGCGCAUUACAGAAUGUAAACAUGUUGACCGUAAGCAAGAGCGGUCGCUCUUAUAUCCCGGGAAAACCUUUAUCCUCUGACCUAAGACAUAUCAUCAUCGAUAAAAUCAUUGAAUGAGUAGGUGACCCACUAACAAUGAUAUUUCCCAGUCGAUUUGUAAAUUUAGUGAGCAUCGAGCAUGCGUCUGUGUUAGCUCGCUAUCCUCUGCUCCCGUCUCAGCCAUGUUUUUUACUCUGUGAAUAUCAGUAUCUACGGCCGACUCUUAUUCUGAUACUCUUAGCUCCGUUGUCUAAGAAACCUUUCAUCUGCAAGCUAAAAUACUUUCUGGACAAAUCCACCUCGUCGACAGUUUUAUCUUCCUUUACUGUAAUUCGCAAUAAAUUCAUCCCUCCAAGGUGGGGCACCUCGUUCACAAUGCAUUCUAUGAACUUGCUGUAUUCCAGGCUCAUAAGCUCUUUUUCGACAGUAUAUACUGGAGUUAUUCUUUUUGUAGAAUAGUAGGAGUAUUCUAUCUUGAUUUCAAUCGCCAUGACAUACAGACCGUUAAGACAACACGCCUUUUCAACGCAACCAAUCAACCGUGAUAACGAAACGCAAUAACUGACAUCAUUAAACGCUCAACCUGAAUCCUCUGUAAUAGCAGUCAAAAUAACAGUACAUUAAGGGAAGUAAUUUUCAGGACUUUGAAAACUUACCACUUCAUGGAGGGUGACCACUUAAUACAGGUUUGGCUGUAUGUCAUUGUUUCAGGGUCAUGUUGCAUGUCAAAAUUUUACGCUAACAGGCGUCCUAAAUUUGCCAUCAGUUUGAAAAAAAUAUUUACAAAUGUUGCUUUUCAAAGGCACAAUUCACCUCAAACUUCAUGCAAUUCCAUACUCCCAAAGGAAUCUCAUUGUAAAUCAAGAAAUAGAUAAUCUGUACCAAAUGGCAAGAAUAAGUUUAUUGUUCUUUGGAAACACCAUGCAUGGCCUCUGGUGUUUUUGCUAAUCUAGUGGUUUCUGGUGUUUUUGUGAAUCUAGUGACAGUAAGCAUUUUACAUGUAUGCAAAAUUAUCGUCUCAACAAGUCACCAAUUUUUACCGAUUGUCCAAAGGACACCCAGGUGCUAUCCUGGCUAAAUUUUUGAUCACUGCAGAACAUAACACAAAUUUUUACCUAAUUGUACAGGAUGAGAAAAAGCUGGAAGAGGAACUUGCGUCAUUCCGACGUGAAUGGAAGGAAGAGAUUAAACGAACUGUCACUGACAGUGGCUCAUCACGAAAUUCACCCUCUGUGGAGUCGCCCUCUCCAUCUAGCCGUGAAGGCUCUCCAAGUCCACUGCUUUUGGAAACUAAGAACUCUUCUAAUACAACACCACUUACUAAGGAGGAAAAGGUACUAUUUUGAUUCUUUUUACUUUGAUUCUUUCUGAUGAGGAUACAUUGACCCAAUGUACAUCUUUUUACCAGAUUAUUUUUACAAGAUUGCAAGAUCCUUUUUUUGUUUAUUAUCAUUCUCAUCAUCAUCACCAUUAUCAUCAUCAUCAUCAUUUUUUAUUAUUGUUAUUAUGUACACUUUAACUCUACAGUUUUGCUGGUCAACCGAAAAAAUUCCCUUGGAGAAAUUUACAGCUAGUAUUCAAGGGUCACAAGGGUCUGGCCAUCUUUCAAAUCUCAAGGACUCUUCGUAAUAUUCUUGCAGUUUGUGGUAAUGCAAUCUUUGGCAGGUCCCCUGGUCUUAACCUUAUGCCAACAUUCUGAAGCGACUUAUUCAGGCCUUCAGGGAUUGCUCCCAAAGCUACAAGAACAACAACAACUGGUAUCAUCUCCACCUCACGCAUAACCUAUACCAUUGAUAUCUCACACAUGGGCCCGUACCAAAAUUAACGCUCUAGCUAGUAGGUAAAUGGGGCCAUAAUUUUCAGCCAAUUCCAGGCUGAAAUGAACCAAGAUAGGGCCUUAAAAAGUUCAACCAAAGGUAAACCAAAAUGAGCCUCACUGAAACAUAAAUAUAUCAGCCACAAAAUAAACCAAAACUGAACCCAAAUCCUAACUAUGCUCUAGUGAUGCAAAAACUGGGCCAAAAUUGGGCCAAAUUACACCAUCACUUUGGCAGAACGGUAACGCGAUAAUGACCUCUGUCUGCACGCUGCAUAUUUCUGUAAUCCUGUUCGAGCUAAAUUAGGCCACAUUUGGGCCAAAAUUAUUGAUUCAUUUUUAUGUUUGUCUUGAAUAGGCCACACAGUUGUUUUCACAGGGGGUGUCUGCUGAGAGACGUGGAAAUGUUUAUGAAGGUAAAAUUUGAUUUUCAUGUGGGUCUAUGCAAACCUUCACAACAGUUCAAACCUAAAUGUUCGAAAAAUUCUUCACAAACUAAAAAUGAAGUGGUUACAUGAAAUACCAGUAACAUGACUUACAAAUGACAAACAGUUUUCAAGAUGCAGAAAUCAUGAUGUAAUUUGUUUUGUAUCUAAGUUACAUUUAAAGUAUAAAAGCGAAGGUCAGGUUGUAUUUUAUAAGUUAAUGACUUAAUUAUAUCAUUUUGUCCAGCAAAAUUUGUUAUUAUUUUACAGGGUUCGCACAGUCUUUAAAAAAUCCUUGAAUUUUGCGGGAAGUCCUAGAAAAGUUGUUAAAUUCCAUUUUUCUUUGAAAAGUCCGUAAAUUUCUGUGCAAAGUCCUUGAAAAGUCCUUGAAUUUUCUUCAACUUUAAAUGUAGUGGCCUGGAAAGUGUGUUUUGAUGCUUUUUGGUUGUCCAAGGUAGAGUAUAAAUCAUAGCUCCAGGAAUUUAAAGGUUAUUUACCUAAAGCGCUCUAUGUUUAAUGCAAAAAUUAACUGUCACUUUAAGACAAGUGAACAGAAAAAUGUAGAAAAGUUGGUGAAUCAAACAGUUAAAGCCUUAAAGUCUUAGAAUAGACUGGGAAUGUGCUUUUUUGUACAAUCUGUGAAAUUAUAGUCCUAGUAGGUGGUCUUUGAAAAUCUAAUGUGGUCCUUGAAAAGUCCUUGAAAAAUGGUUGCAAUUUUUUGGGGACAACACUGUCUUAGCUGUUAUAAAAGCAGUCUUCUUGCAGCCAUUAAAUGCUACAUGUGUACAUCUAUUAAUGAAGCCUGUAGCAGGACGUUUUUGGUUGCAAUCUGACUUUGUAUCAAUGUAACAAAGUGUACAUAAAACAUUUAUCCUUCUUACUCUGGUGGCAGCAAACCUUACUUAAUAACAAUGAUUUAAAAAUGAAAAGAAACAAAGUCAAAGAAAGGGAAUAAUUACAAUAAUAGUGUACUUUGUAACAAAAUUGUAUGUCAAAUGGUAACGCCCCCCCUUUUUUUUUUUUGUUUGUUUGUUUGUUUGUUUUUUUCAGCUCUUCAUUUUUACAGGCGAGCUGUUCAGCUUGUGCCAGACAUAGAAUCAAGGAUGAUAGAUUUUACCAAUAACUUAAUGCAAGGUAAAAGUUAAGGGGACUACUGUACAAGUGUUCUCUUUUUUUUAAAUUUUAAAUUUUAAAUUUAAUUUCUUUUCUUUUCUUGUUUUCCUUUUAUACUUAAGUUUAAAUGUGAAAUUUAACAUUUGUUUUUUUUUUUUUUUAUGAUUUUGUAGAUGAGGAAGAUAGUGAUAAUGAAACUGACUUUUCGUAUAAUGUGGUCAAGGAAAACCAAGAGUAAGCCAUCUCACUGUAACUUUUAUUUAAUUCUCUUGAGUAGUGUGUAUUUCAGUAUUGGCUAUCUUUUUUAAAACAUGUCUCGGCAUCAGUUGAAUUCCAAAGAUAAAUGGUCCAGUUUUGUUGUUUGCAAGGGUGCACAUGGAUUCAAGGUUAAAAAAAUUGGGCCAACUUUUUCAAGUUUUAAUGCUGAGCCAAAUCACCCAAAAAAAUCCAAAUCACCAAAAAAUUAUUUUGGUUAGGCCUGGUUCACACUCUAUACUUUUCAUGUGCCAAACCUAAUUGAAUAAGUUUGACUUUGGAGCGACACUGGUGCGACAUCUGAUCAAGACCUCGCACCAUGACAUUGUGUCAAGCCUAAGUUAAGUUCAACAAAAGUUCGACAGACUCUGCUGAACUAAUUCAGACACCGCUCUUUUACCAUACUUAAUUCAAUAGUGAGGUUCGGCACAUAAGUGGAGCAGUGUCUGAAACCAGGCCUUAGUGCUCCCUGAUGAAAUUUGAUUCUCCAUUAUAACUCUACAGGAGCAUUUUGUGUAUGCGUAAUUAAAAGGUACUAAAAUUUAGUCAAUUCUCUCCUGAAAAAAAUCCCCUUCAACAGAUAUUGUUUGAUCAGACAGACAUUAAUAGGUUUUGGCUGGUAAUUCAUUAUGUAAAAACCUUCUAUGCCAACAGGGUUUGUACAGGUCAUGGAGAACAUGGAAAGUCAUGGAAUUUAAGAAUUUCAUUUUCCAGGCAUGGGAAGUCAUGGAAUUUAAUUGUCGGUCCUUAAAAGUCAUGGAAAAUUAAAGUUUUGUUGGUAAAUUAGUUACUGCAGAUGACAAAGCAAGGACAAUGCAAGACAGAGAUGAGUAAUUAAACAGCACAAAAGGCACACAUUUUGGUUUGUGUCUGUUGAACUGUUUAAGGUCAAAAAAUACCCCCAAAGAAGGAAAAUUGUUGUGAAAAUUUUUGUAGGUGAACUAAACCUAAGGUCUUGGAAAACUUGACAAGGUCUUGGAAAAAGUCAUGAAAUUUGAAGAGCUUAAAAGAGUAUGACCCCUGUGCACAAUGUUAUAAGAAUAAAUGAAUUAUGCAGCAAAAUAAAAAAGAAAAAGUUUAGAGUUAACGUCAGCUACAGGAUCUAUGUUUUACAUGUUGUUUUUUUUUGUUCAAUUUUGCAGCACUUGCUAUUUAACAGACCUGACCAAGAAGUUUAAUUCUCUGUCUGUAACAGGAAUUUGUCAGCCACAAUAUGAAACUAGGGUAAGGUAACUGUACAUGUAUGGAACUCAAAACUCACUAUGUUCUCGAAUAAAAGUCCAUUUAAUGGUUCUCUUCUUUGUCAAUAAAAAAUGACUGCAAAAGAAAGAAAAAGGACACUAAGGGGGAUAUUACAUGACGCGCUAUACAAUUGCCUUUCAAAAUGGCCGCCGAAUGAUCUGUACAGUACCGGAAAUGAUCCCCAACCGCAAAUGAUCCCGAGACCGCAAAUGAUCCCCAAAAUGGACCGCAAAUGAUCCUUGACCGCAAGUGAUCCCUAAAGUCAACCGCAAAUGAUCCCGUGAAAACUUGAGGAAUGGAAUGGAUUUUAUGGGACUGAUUACAAAAAAGGACUAAUAAUAAAAAAGAAACCUUUUUCUCUCACCUUUUAAAGAAUUUAAAGAAAAAGGGAAGGAGGACGCUACAUCUCAGGUCAAUUUAUACAAGGCGAAAAAAAAGUGGAAUAAAUCUGAAAAGGAAUGGUAUUAACCGUAUACUUCUUCCUUUGUCGAUUGCUUCAAUUUUCUUUCAAGAAUGUUUCGUCUUUUGAAAAAUUUAAGACCGGCAGGACGUUACGCCGAAAAAACUCUAUUAUUUUAACGCCUAGAAGCUCAACUUUUCUACUGAGGAAUACAAAGCCGGGCACCCUCUACAUAACAAGAGCUUUACUGACUUAACUGAUCUUUUUGAAAGCGUGAAAUUAAUCAGCCAGAAUAUUUCAUUUUGAUUUUUCUCUGAAGUGUUAAUUUUACGUGAUAAACAGCAAGACAUUUGUUCGUAAAUUAAGUGCCCGUUACGAAACAAGACAUGAUUUAACAUAAACAAAAGUGAAAAUGUCCCCGAACUUAUCAAUGUCCACAGGUUUCGGUUUAUUUCGAAAUAGCAACUUUCUUACAUCUCAUGAACGUGUUGUGAAUAGUUAUAUUAGCGUUUUUAUGUAUAUUCAUUUGUUGUGCUUUGCUGAAGACAGUUACCAGGAAUCUAAACCUGGUAAUGAGAAACGCCAGGUAAGCGGUAGUUAUUGCGUGACAAAACAUCGUAGGAAACCGUCACAUUCACGGACUAAAAGAAAAUCGCUUAUGAUCAUUCGGAUCCAGGAGGCACUUUGGAGAAAAUUAAACAACCUAAAACCCUUAUUUAGCGGCAAUGAAGAGCACUGCAUUUCAAAAGAGGUCAAAGGAAAUGCUCUUGCAUCAAAGGGCAAAUCAUGCCGACCAGAAACAACACAAACCGCAGAAAAUGCGUGUCAUGAUCUCUCAGUAUGAAAUAAGCGGCAAAAAUCACAUUUGCUCAGUCAAAACGUUUUCUUCAGAGGUAUAAUCCACCCGCCACACCUGGAAAAAAGUCAUUGGAAUAAGCAGCAUUUUAGCAUGAGGUAAGUCGUGUGUUGCCUACCGACUUCGUUUUUACUCUUGAAUGAUUUUUUUUUCAUUUAGUUUUUAUUCAUAUAUUUAUUUGAGAAGUAAAAUUUAGCUUUUAAUCUGACUCAUUGUAAUAAUAAUAUUAAGUCGACCAAUGAUCCGCUAACUUGAGUCCACGUCAUUCCCAUUUUUCUUUCGAGAUCAUUUGCGGUCGACUUUGGGGAUCACUUGCGGUCGAGGAUCAUUUGCGGUCCAUUUUGGGGAUCAUUUGCGGUCUCGGGAUCAUUUGCGGCUGGGGAUCAUUUGCAGUACUGUACAGAUCACAAACAACCACGCUUACUUGUAGGACAUUUUUAGUGGUAAAUUACCCUGAAAUAGCAUUGACCUUGGAAAAAUGCUUAAUUCAAGGUUAAAUCAUUGUUUGCUUUACUUGAACUGAGCGCUUCUUCAUGAAUUAUGCGAUUUUUCUUGAUAUCUUCAAGUUAUCACACAUCGCUUCUACAAAAGUAUAAACGAGGGUGAGCCUAUGGAUGGAAACUUAAAAUAAAUGUAGUAAGAGGUCCGUAGUUUGAAAGAAUAAUAAAAUUUGAAAGGGCAUCGCAAUUUUUUGCAAACUUAUCAAUUAAAGCGAUCAAAACAUCUAUGAAAUGGAAAGUUACCCCCCGAGGAUGUAUUUUUAGGUACAGAGCCCCCCUCCCGUCUGGGUUUCCAGAGCCAUUCCCCCCCCUCCCCCCCACUCUUGUGAGAUUUUCCAGCAUGCCUUCCGUCGUGGGGGUGUGGAUUUUUUCUGGAAUAACCCAAUGUAGUCAAAUAUCAUCAUUUUGAAAAUGGCCUUUUCUAUCCUUUGCGGGCAUGGAACUUAUACUAUGUUAAUGAGUUUUAAACAAAGGUAAAAUAGAAUUAAACUAAAUGUUAGACUGAACCAAAGUACCUAUAUGCACUGUACCUACAGUGGCUACAGUAAUGUCUAAUCUUAUGUUUCAAUUGUUUUCUUCUAGAUGACACACAUCUCUGCCAUUCCUCUUGAACUCAUUGUUUAUAUAUUUAAGUGGGUUGUCUCCUCAGAACUGGAUAUGAAGUCACUUGAGCAACUGGCAAGGGUAAAUUACAGCCAGAUGAGGCUAUACAGAACUGUAUGAAGCCCCUGUUAUAGAAACAUGAGAUAGUGCUAUCAACUGGACAUUAAAUAACUAACCAGGAGAUAAGUACUGUGUAUUAACCCUUUCAAUGCCAAAUUUAGCCAAAAGCAAAUUUCGACCAAAUUUCAUUUUGUGAAAUUUUGAAAAAUAAAUAGCGCCAUGUGUAUGUACAGGCAGAGAGGUUUCAUUUGAAUGGUCACAUCAUAGGAUUUCGCCUGCAGACUCAAAAGUUAGAGUUACCUUACAAAACUGCAUCAAGUACUCCGGCAGUGAAAGGGUUAAGGAAACCAAACAUUUGGAGUUAUGAAGUGGACAGAGAUUUGUCCAGUGGAGAGCAUUGUCCACCUUUUGAACAACUGGUGCCAGUAGACUUGGGGCCUGUUUACAUGGAGGCAGGGCCCCCAGAUAGGUGAGGUAACGUGCUGCAUGUCAGCCCCACCUAUCAUGUAAAUGUGAUCAAAUUAAAAUGAGAGAUUAUAUUUAUGGACAGGCGGGUUUAUUACCCCACCAAAGCGAAUUACCUCACCUACCUGGGGUCCCCCACCUCGCUGUAAACAGGCCCUUAACUGCCUAUUGUGUAAUGACAUUUUUUUUUUGUUGUUGGGACCAUAAUUAUAAGUAGAGGACUUACUUAUGUAUAAGUCAAGCCAGUAUAUAAGCUGCUCCUCAAUUUUUGAAGCUUCACUAGGCUUUUGGCAUUUUUGUCAUUAUUAAGGUUAAAAUAAAUGCACAGAAGAUCAUCACAAUUGAAGACACAACUUUUGCGGUUGCAAAAGGAAAGCCUGAAAAAAUUUAGGCUUGUUGGGAUUCAAACUUGACCUCUCAAUACUAGUACAGCAUUCCAACCAAUAAUUUUGAGUUAGCAAGCCAACUGGAAGUAAUAUUUGUUUCAACCAAAAAAAUAAAGAAAUAAAUGCAGGGAAGAUUACGACAGUUAAUGGGGAAAAAGCCUGCAAUUUUCAGGAAAAAAUUCAGCCUAGUUUUUUUCAGGCUUUCUUUUUGCAAAUACAUAUUAAUGUUUUUUCUAAACUGCAAUUGAUCUUUCUUGAAUUUAUUUCUUCAUUCUGUGGUUCAAUUAUAUGAAAUUCAUAUAAAAUUAUUUGUAGGGUUUAAUUGCCUACUAUGUAAAAUGACUUUUUUUCAUUCCUUGUUGUAACCAAAUUGGCAAUUUUUGUGUUAAAAGUAAUGGGUUUACCAACCUCAAACAACUUUUUUUGUGUGUGUGGUGGAUAAAAGCGCAAGUCCCUUUUUGCUGUCUACAGCUUAACACUUUUUUAUUACUCUCUGUAUUUCCUUGGGUGACAGGUUUGUAAAGGCUUCAGUGCUUGUGCUAGAGAUCCUGAGAUAUGGAAACUAGCAUGUAAAAGGUACAUUUUCUAAAUUGAAGCCCCAAUUUUAUGUUUACUGGAUUGUAGCCAUUACGCACUACAUCUACAUGUAUGUCCAUGUAUCUGUAAAAAAGCAAGUUUAAAGUCCAUUUAAAUUGCCCUUGUAGUGCAAGAGUACUUAAUAUAAUAAAUCAUUUUGAAGAUGAUUAGAUUAAAAAAAAUAAUUUUUUUAGAAGUUAGUAAGUUUCAGUCGAGAUCCACGUUUGAUCCAUACUCGCUGGUGCCUCAGUUUUCUUUUUGAGGACUUUGCUAACUUUGCACUUUUGUUUCACUUAGAAAAAUAUAUAUUAAAAAAAUACAAUAGAUGUCAAGAUUGAAAUGUCUGAGAGAAAAAUGGGAACUAUAGGCAUGUGAACAACUGUAUAAGACUUCACAAACCAAGGAGUCAGACCGAGGGCAUACCAAAAUAGGUCAAGGUUUUCUCAAGUUUUCUCUACAUUGUAAGUCACUGUGUGUGUACUGUGUUCUCUUUCUUUAUAAUCAUAAUUAUUUUUAGGUUGUGGGGGGUGAACUGUGGCAGUGCUGCUCAUUGGAAUGGCUGCUGGAGACUGAUGUACUUUAAACGUCCACAUGUUCUAUUUGUCGGUAUGUAAUGAUCUCUCUAAUAGGAUGGUUUUACCCCAUUCUUGGUGUUAAAUGAAUGGAUUACGGCAGCUGUAGUUUGCUUUGAUUUUACAGGAGUCUACAUAGGCAAAACAUCAUAUGUGAAACAAGGAGAAAGGUCCCUGGAUUGCUACUAUCGGCCAUUUCAUGUGGUGGAAUACUAUCGUUACAUGAGGUUUUUUAGUGAUGGUACGGUUGUCCUUCACACAAGUGCUGAUGAACCUACCAUAGCUAUUCAAAGACUGAAGGUCAAGCUUGCUGGCAGUAACUCUUCUGUUUCUGUGGGGCAUUACAGGUUAAAUGGGGACAAGGUUUGUUUCUCUCUUCUUGUUGAGGGUUGAUGCUGCUACUCUUACAUUAGAACUCCCGUUUAGUAAAAAAAAUUAAUAGUUUAUUUAUAAAGAUGAUGUGAACUGCGGAAAUGAAAAUUCAAAUGAAGAUAUGAUCAUCACAGUGGUAAUUGAAAUUCAAUUUAAUAGUAAGGUCAGUAAGGCUGUAGGAAGAUUUGUCAGGUCACUGUGCUCUAAGGGAAAUUUUAUUAUUUGUAGUAGGAAAGACCUCCUUCAGGUGUCGUAAUGGCUACUUGUAAACAUUGUAUGUAUAUAACAGGGUUGUCGCUAAGAUUUCAAGUUGCCGGGCAAAUAUAACAAGGAGGCGGGGAAUCAAACGGCUAGGGAUUUCUUUUGAUUCUUUUUUCUUCUAUUAGCCGGGAGCCACUCUCUUAGUAGCCGGGGAAAAUCCCCGGCCCCCAGCUCUUAAUAAUAACCCUGAUAUAACCAUUAAUUUUGACCUGCCACAGUCAACAUCUCACAUUCAACAAUUAAUAUCAGAAAGGAAGUUAUGAUUGUUUGGGGCCAUGCAGGGUGGUUAUAGGUCAAAUCGAUGAGGAUGUAGUUAUGUGUCAAAGAUCCUGAACUUUGAAGUUGGGAAUUUUAGGUGACCAUUGUUGUCAAUAAAAAGAUGGCUACGGAAAGCAACAAAGGACGCAGGACAAGAGGGCCUCCUCCUUUGAUCAGUGAGCAGAUAUUUCACAUGGUAUGUGGUCAGAGUCUGAUUUCACCUUAUAAUAUCUAGCGGAUUCUUGGAAGCGUACCUAGGGCCGAAAAUCACAUCCACAAAAGGAAGGGAAAGAAAAAAUAGAAAGAGUGAGGAAACACGAGAAAAAAUGCAAUGGUUAUUGGUUACUCUGGAGAUAGUUAUUGAACAAAAAUUAUUUAAAUAUUAAAUUAACUGCUCAAGGUAGGGGUCUUUUGGCAGCAAUGUUUUCAAAAAUGAGCUAGGAAAAAAAGCAUGUUCAUAAAUUGUUAGACAUUUUUUAAAAUUAUUUUUAGUCUCAAGAUUUAAAGCUUUUUCAUAACUUUUUACUAUUUUUACUAUUAUUGCUCCUGUAACACGUCUUUGAACUUUAAGGAUACUGGUGUUAUAUAAAUAUUAAAUAUUAUUAUUAUUACUAUCAUUAUUAUUACUAUUAUUAUCAUUAUCAAUAUCAUUAUAUAUUAUCAUUAAUAAGUAGUGAUAAUAUAUUAUCACUAUGCUUUUAAGUAUUAAAAGUAACACAGGUUAUGGCGGAUUCUGAUUUGGUUACCAUGAACUAUUAUGUCAAUUACUUGUAAUUGAUUUCUUUUAAUUAAUGAUUUUUUGUAGGAAUUACAGAUCAAAAGCACUAGACAAAAUAAACACCACAAUCAGUUAACCUGGCUUUACUACAGCAUCAGCACAAAGUACAGGUAUAUCUGAGAUUCUCUAAAUUACCAGUUAAUGGUGACAGUUCAUAAAGGAUUUAUAGCUUCACCUUUUUUUUAAUGUAUACUUUCAGGUCAUCUGGUCAGACAGUCUGCUCACAGCUGGACUUGAAUGACCAGUUUCCACCUCUCUACUUUUCUGUUGUCAAGAGUAUCAGCAACAGUGCAACUGCCCCAUUACAAUAGAGUGACUGUAUAAGUGCAUCAAAGUUUCUUUGGGUCUCAGCAAGUGUCAGUAAAACAAUUAUGUAAAGAGAAACAAACGCUACACACCAAACUUACUGCUUGUAUAAUGAAACAAUUAGAGGUACAAUAAAACAAGUGGUUUUUCAACAGAACAAAGAAGCAAAGUCUUCAUGUCAAUUUCCCAAAAUAUAAACAUACCAGAGAAAUAUAAGGCUUUAGUUUCUUAGUGUUCUCAGUUUUUUUUAGAAUGUAUAUAACAUCACAGCUGUGAUAACAGUUUUUUUAUGCAAGAUUUCAUGUGGCUAAUAUGCAUUACCUAUUCACAUUUUUUUCAUUAUUGUAGCGCACAUUGUUUAAUGUUGAACAUUAAAUUAAUAUACAGUGUAGAAAAAAAGUUUUUUUUUCUCCAAACUGACAUUUUUAAGCAUCCAUUUAACACAUGUUAGUGUUUGUAGGUUUUGUUUUGCUUU